AUGUCCGAAAACAAAGAUCAAAAAGCAAUCCCUAUUGAUAAGUUGAGUCCCAAGCAACUCAUUGAAAUUAGAAAGAGCUUAGAAGAGGAAAUCUAAGUUUUAAAUUAAUCCUUGAGUCAAUUUAAGGUAGCUAUUAGCAAGUACGAAGAAAGUAAACUCAUUAUUAGAUCUCUUGAAGCUGCUAAGAAUAACUAAGAAGUCCUUGUACCUAUUACAAGCAGCUUGUAUGUACCUGGUACACUUAAAAAUAAAGAUUAAGUUUUGAUCGAUUAUGGCACUGGUUACUAUGUUGAAAGAAAUUUAGUCUAAGCUAGCUAAUUUUGCAAUAGAAAAUUAGAAAUGAUCAGAGAUAGUUAAGAUAAACUUACAUCUUUGAUUUCAUCUAAAGCAAACUUUUUAGAUAAAAUUAAUUUGGAAUUAUAAAAGAAAGUAGCCAUGAUGUAACAAGAAUAAGCUAAGAAGUAAUGA